GGAGGAGGCCCGGGAGCGCGCGGGAGGCCAGGACCGGCCGCGGCCUGGGCUGACGAGGUCGCACCUCCCGCACCUCUCGCACCCCGCACCCGGAGGCCACCACCCGGAGGGUCCAGUGAGCCAGUUCAGUUAUGUCAUUUUCACGGAGGCAGCAUUCAACAGAACAGUUAAAUCAUGAAAUGUGAUGGACCUCAUCAUCAGUUUAUGAGUGCUCUUAUCUGUUUUCGGGUGGAGAUGAAAAUACUGAUCCAAACCAUGUGCUGAAGUCAGAAAGUUGAAGAAAAUGGAAAUGCUUGCAUUUUUUGUAACUUGUGGUGCUUUAUCCCUAAUUCAUGGGCACAGCCUCUUCACCUGUGAACCAAUUAUCGUUCCCAGGUGUGUAAAAAUGGCCUACAACAUGACCUUUUUCCCCAAUUUGAUGGGACAUUAUGAUCAGGAUAUGGCUGCUGUUCGAAUGGCGCCUUUUCUUCUUCUUGCCAAUCUGCAUUGUUCACCUAAUGUCGACACAUUCCUCUGCAGUGCUUUUGUGCCAGCCUGCAAAGAGCAAAUACAAAUCGUUCCUCCUUGUCGCAAGUUUUGCGAGCAAGUGUACUCUGACUGUAAACACAUGAUGGACACUUUUGGAAUCACGUGGCCUGAGGAACUUGAAUGCAGCAGAUUGAGAUACUGUGACGAGACUGUCUCUGACACUUCCGUUCUCCCCACGAAGCCUCAUGAUCCACAGACGAGCCCAGAGGAAGUGUCGAGAGACUACGGAUUUUGGUGUCCCCGGCAUCUGAAGACCUCUGGUGGACAAGGCUACAAGUUUUUGGGGAUUGACCAGUGUGCCCCCCCGUGCCCCAAUAUGUAUUUCAAAAACGACGAGCUAGAAUUUGCCAAGAGUUUCAUUGGGAUAGUUUCGAUAUUUUGCCUCUGUGCAACCCUGUUCACGUUCCUUACCUUCCUAAUCGAUGUUAAACGAUUUAGAUAUCCCGAGAGGCCCAUCAUUUAUUACUCAGUCUGUUACAGCAUCGUCUCUCUGAUGUACUUUAUUGGAUUUUUGCUGGGCAAUAGGACAGCCUGUAAUAAGGCAGACGAGAAGCUAGAUCUCGGGGAAACUGUUGUUUUAGGCUCCCAGAAUAAGGCUUGUACCGUCCUUUUUAUGCUUCUGUAUUUUUUCACAAUGGCAGGCACGGUCUGGUGGGUGAUUCUUACCAUUACUUGGUUCCUAGCCGCAGGCAGAAAAUGGAGUUGCGAAGCCAUCGAACAGAAGGCUGUAUGGUUUCAUGCAGUUGCCUGGGGAAUGCCAGGAUUUCUGACGGUUAUGCUCUUGGCCAUGAACAAAGUGGAAGGAGACAAUAUCAGCGGUGUUUGCUUUGUUGGUCUCUAUGACCUGGAUGCAUCUCGAUACUUUGUAUUGUUACCGCUGUGCCUGUGUGUGUUCGUCGGGUUGUCUCUCCUUUUAGCCGGCAUUAUAUCUCUAAAUCACGUACGUCAAGUCAUACAACACGAUGGCAGGAACCAAGAAAAACUGAAGAAGUUUAUGAUUCGCAUCGGGGUUUUCAGUGGCUUGUACCUCGGGCCACUGGUGACGCUUCUUGGAUGUUACGUCUAUGAGCAGGUGUACAGAAUUACCUGGGAAACCACUUGGAUGGCAGACCACUGUCAUCGAUACCACAUACCGUGCCCUUACCAGGCAAAGACAUUAGCAAGACCAGAACUGACCUUAUUUAUGAUCAAGUAUCUGAUGACACUAAUUGUUGGCAUCUCUGCGGUCUUCUGGGUGGGAAGUAAAAAGACCUGCACAGAAUGGGCCAGUUUCUUCAACAGAAAUCGAAAGAGAGAUCCCAUCAGCGAGAGCCGACGAGUACUGCAGGAAUCAUGUGAAUUCUUCUUGAAGCACAAUUCUAAAGUGAAGCAUAAAAAGAAGCAUUACAAAUCCAGUUCGCAUAAACUGAAAGUUAUCUCCAAAUCGAUGGGGACCAGUACGGGGGCCACGGCAAAUCAUGGAACGUCUGCAAUAGCGAUCACCAACCAUGAUUUCUUAGGACAAGAGACCUUCACAGAGAUCAAAACCUCUCCUGAACCAUCUGUAAGAGAGUUGGGAGCUGAUGGGACCUCCCCGCAGAAACCAAGAGAGGAUGAUAAGGGUGAACGGGCCUCCACCAUAGCAUCUAGUUCUAAACUGUCUGUGGAGCACGGGGAAAAAAGGAGUAAGACAGAUGGUGGAAAUGACAAGGGCAGUGUUGCUGGGAGUGUACGGAGUGAAGGAAGGGCAGCUUCAAAAAAUGAUUUUACAGAAACUUAUCCACUACAGGGCAGCCUUUUGCAUACCUCCAGCCCUUCACAACCAAGCAGCCCCAAAGGCUCCAUCUCACUGCUUGUUCACUCUGCUUCAAACACUAAAAAAGACCAGGAUGCAGGGAAUGGCUAAAAUCCACAGAAAAACCACUUCAACCAUGUAGUUUCAUUUACUGUUAUUGAUCUGGGGAUUCAGGUUACACUGGAAAGGCAAAUGCCUCAUAAGCAAUAAUGUACAGGCUUCCUUCGCCAGUCAGUCAGUCGUGUUUAUUGAGCGCUUACUGUGUGCAGAGCACUGUACUAAGUGCUUGGGAAAGUACAAUUCAACAGUAACCAGACCCGUUCCCUGCCCACAGCGAGCUUACGUUCUAGAGGCCAACAACCAGGGUUCAGUCCUCACCUUUGGCAAAACCACAGCCUGGAAGACCAGAGGCUUAUGGGGUAAGGGGGUUUGAGUCUGUCCAGCUUCAGUCACACUGGCUAAAAUUCCAGCUGUGUGGGGAGGAGGAGAAAAAUAUUUUCAUCCUGUUAGUUACUCUGUUCAAACUGCAGGAAUAAUCAGGUCAACUUUUUAAAGUUUACUUUUAUCCCAGUUCUGUGCACCUCGCACUCAGGUCACCUUAGCAAAGUGCCACUGGUAGUUUACUGUUGAUUGUUACGGUGAGGUUUCUACGUAACAUCCAUGGACUGCUGAAACAAUAAUGGGAAAAGCUCAGUGCUGUCCCAGUGCUUGAUGUAGCAGGUAAGUGUAGCCAGCUUAAAACACCUGCUAGUAUUAUCCCCAGCCACAAAAACUGCUGUUACUCAAUAUUGUAUACCACAUUUUAGUACAGUGCUCUGCACAUAGUAAGCACUCGAUAAAUACUAUUGAAUGGAUUACCAGAAUGAUAAGCAGAAAAUUGAACAUGGAUUCUGAAAACUACAGUUGGCAAGGAAACCUAUAUGCAUCUCUGAUUUGCACUUAAAACCCAAAAGUGAAAUUGCCUGCUGGAGAGAAGAAAUUUCAGAAGCUCUCUGCCUUAAUUCAAUCAGACAAUACUGAUACCUGCUGGGUAACCUAAAGGACUGAAAUGCAAAAAUUAGUAAUAUUGUGAGGGGAAUCGGGAAUGGGGUGGGAGUGGGAAUUGUAGCUUUCGACUUAGGAAAGAUUUUCUUGAAAUCCUUUCAUUGUAGGCUGGGUUUUGAUUUUGAAAUGUUAAAUCAAAGCUUUCUUUUGCUUGCUAACUUAAAUGUAUUUUGUCCUUCUUGGGUAUUUACUUUUCAAAGUUACAGUCGUUUAUAAGGAUUUUAUAUUUUAGAAGUUAUGCAGAAUUAAGAUAUUUUAAACUUGAUUUUGUACCACGAUGUAUUCACUUCAUUAGUAUUAUUGGUAGCUUUUACACUGAAUCUAUGAGAAAAAAUAGAAUUUGAGUUAAGGUAGGUACUUAAAAAUUUAAAUCAUGUAAGGUUUUUAUAUUUCAUAUUAGUAUCUAGCGUUUUUUAGAAAUUGCACAAAUCGACUGCUGUGCAGGUCUUAAGAUGGUUUCUUAAGUGUUGGUAUUGUGCUGCUCAAAUGACAGUUUCCUUCUGAGAGGUCACUGUGAUGAAAACACUGCUUUCUUUUUUUAAAAAAUAAAUACUUAACGUAUUCCAAUGAAAUGUUACCUUUUACCAAAGAAAAGUAGAAAUCUUUUUUCAAAAAUUAUUUUGUGACUAGUCAAGAAGUUAACAGCAUUGUGUUUGCAUUUGAUAAAGUAGCUUGAAUUUCCAUCUAAACCCAAAGAAAAAGAUAAAGAAAAAAGCACUUUUCACUACAUUGGAGCAGGUUUUAUAUAAAUGACCUUUCAACUAAAAUCAGAUUGUAAGUCAUGUCCAAGAAUAAUAGAGAGCUGUUGUUUUAAAAGUACUCCAAUUUUUUUAUUUUUAUAUUUUUUCUACCUAUUUCUGAUAAAUGAUUUUAUCCACUCUUUUUCCACACUAGUGUUUUGAGCAGGGCUCACUUCUUGUCUUUUCUUGAGAGCACAUGAUAUUAUUUAAGGAAAGAAUCUAAAACAUGGGAAAUGUAAAUAUUUCUUCAGUAUUUGUAAACUGAUAACUUUGUAUAUAUUUUCACAACUUGUAUUUCAUUUUUGUUAUCUUUUUAGGAAUAAAGUGUUCUUUCUCUAAUA